CACAAUCGGAUAUGGCAACCAAAAUAGCCAGUGGCUAGCUACUACCAAGCCAAAGCCAACACGCAGAGAGAGCCCUCUGCUUGAAGAGAAAAAAAAAAUGGCGGCUAGAAUAAACUCCUCCAUACAAAGUUCUCUCUGGCUCUUAAACCCUUUGCAGAGUUCUCUCAAUCUCAAUCUCAAUCUCAAUCUCAAUCUCAGAACCCGCCUCAAUUUCUAUCGAAAUCUGUUGCCCUCCCCAUCUUAUUCUGCUUCUUCAUCAAAACGAGCUAUAUUCUGUACCUAUGCGAGCAAUUGCAAUUCCCAUGAAAGCGGAGCCGCAACAGACCCCUUUGUCAUCACAACACCACUUUAUUAUGUUAAUGCUGCUCCUCACAUGGGGAGUGCUUAUACCACCAUUGCCGCUGAUGCCAUUGCGCGGUUUCAGAGGCUGCUAGGGAAGAAAGUUAUAUUCAUUACUGGGACAGAUGAGCAUGGGGAGAAGAUUGCCACAGCUGCUGCUGCUCAAGGUUCUGCCCCAAGUGAACAUUGUGAUGCCAUUUCAGAGGCAUACAAGACACUCUGGAAAGAUCUAGAUGUAGCUUAUGACAAGUUCAUUCGAACAACUGAUCCUAAACAUGAGGCAAUUGUAAAGGAAUUUUAUUCCAAGGUUCUUGCCAAUGGCGAUAUUUAUAGAGCUGACUAUGAGGGACUUUAUUGUGUCAAUUGUGAAGAAUACAAGGAUGAAAAAGAACUCCUUGCCAACAAUUGUUGUCCUAUACACCUGAAGCCCUGUGCUUCAAGGAAAGAAGACAAUUACUUUUUUGCAUUGUCAAAAUAUCAAGGGUUGCUUGAAGAAACUUUAACACAGAAUCCAGGUUUUGUGCAGCCCGCCUUCCGUUUGAAUGAGGUGCAAAGUUGGAUUAGAAGUGGCCUGAAAGACUUCUCUAUCUCCAGAGCAUCAGUUGAAUGGGGAAUUCCAGUUCCCAAUGAUCAGAAGCAAACGAUUUAUGUUUGGUUUGAUGCAUUAUUAGGUUAUAUAUCAGCACUAUCAGAGAAUGGUCAGCAACAGAAUUUACAAAGGGCCGUGGCUUCGGGUUGGCCUGCCUCUUUACACCUGAUUGGGAAGGAUAUUUUACGUUUCCAUGCAGUUUAUUGGCCUGCUAUGCUCAUGUCUGCUGGACUAAAACUCCCAAAGAUGGUUUUCGGCCAUGGGUUCUUGACAAAGGAUGGGAUGAAGAUGGGCAAGUCAUUAGGCAAUACUCUCGAACCAAAUGAAUUGGUUCAAAAGUUUGGCUCUGAUGCAGUGAGAUACUUCUUCCUUCAAGAGGUGGAAUUCGGUAGUGAUGGGGACUAUGCUGAGGAUCGUUUCAUCAAUAUUGUCAAUGCACAUCUUGCAAAUACAAUAGGAAAUCUGCUGAACCGAACUCUCGGACUCCUUAAGAAGAACUGCCAAUCAACUUUGGUGGUUGAUUCUACUGCUGCAGCUGAAGGAAAUUCAUUUAAGGACAAAGUUGAAGAGCUGGUUCUGAAAGCUCGAAAUCAUUACGAAGGACUCUCCCUCUCAUCGGCUUGUGAGGCUGUGUUGGAGAUCGGCAAUGCUGGAAACUCUUACAUGGAUGAGCAAGCGCCAUGGUCUCUAUUCAAGCAAGGUGGUGCCUCUUCAGACGCUGCUGCAAAGGACCUUGUACUUAUACUUGAAGCAAUGCGAAUCAUAGCCGUUGCACUAUCCCCAGUGACUCCAUGCUUAGGCUGGAGAAUAUACGCCCAACUCGGGUUCUCGAAGGACCAGUUUGAAGCUGCAACAUGGAAUGAGACAAAGUGGGGAGGGCUGAAGGCUGGCCAGGUCAUGGCUCCUCCAAAUCCAGUUUUUGCUAGGAUUGAACAAUCCACUGGUAGUGAUGAAGAUGAAGUUCCUAAAAAACCAGUGAAAAGUAAGAAGAAAAUAGCACAAGGGGUGGCAGAAGCCUAAACCAUGCCCUCAAAUUUCAAGUGCUCUCUCUCAUCCUCUGCUUUUCCAUUUUGACACUGUUUUUCCUUUCAUAGGAGAGUAUUUAACAAGCAUUAUAUCAGAUAUAGUUUGUUCAUUACAAUUGAAAUUGAGUAUGAAACUAUUAUUGAGCCAUGUUUUGCCCUUCGAAAGUCGGGUUGUACGUAAACAACCCUACUUUUUGACGUACAACCCUACUUGAACAACUACUCCGGUCUAGUUUUUGAGGACGGGGGAUUGAUCUCCACCCUUCGCUUUUA